GCAAUGCCCCACUAGGCACCAAGUGUUCAUUAGUGCCUUGAUUAUCACCGCUCUCUCUCUCUCUCUCACAGGAAAACACUGUAACAGCCUCUCCCUGUUAUGCUCUUCCCCGUUUUGCUCUCCCUUUGCUUUCUUCCGUUUUACACCAUCUUUUAUCCCUCAAACAAACCCUUGAAACACUCAAAAUACAGAGAUACAUCAUAUACAUAGAGAGAGAGAGAGAGAGAGAGAGAGAGAGAGAGAAACUGUGUAGGACCUAUGGGUUGCAUACCUAUCAUGCAGUUGUAGAGAUGGAAACAACGAUCCAAAUAAAACCAUUGGUUUUCAGAUGUUUCUUUUUCUCUCUUUUUCUCUCUAUGCUUUUCCUCCUCUUUCUCUGUCGCCAAGCCACCACCAAGCCACCAACCUACGUCGACACCAACACAAACACGGACCUGAGAAUUCGACCCGGAUACACCUCUUACGAAGCAUACAUCCAACGGCAGCUCAACAAAACCCUAAACGAUAAACUCCGUCGAAUAUGGACCACCCGUGAUUGGGAGCGAAAGAUCCAAAUUUUCUCUAUCUUCUUCACGGAACUCAAACACAAAAACCUCCUCUCCAACUCCUCCAAAUCUCUCUCCAUCGGAGCUCGGGUCGGGCAAGAAGUCGAAGCACUGAAACGGAUCGGAGUAUCUGACUCAAUCGGCAUUGACCUGGUCCCAUACCCACCUCUCGUGAUACAUGGAGACUUUCAUCACCAGCCGUUCCAUAAUGAGACUUUCGAUUUUGAGUUCUCGAACGUGUUUGAUCAUGCUCUGUACCCAGAUAAAUUCGUUGGGGAGAUCGAACGGACUUUGAAGCCUGGUGGGGUUUGUGUUCUACACGUGGCAUUGUCGAGACGGUCCGAUAAGUAUUCAGCUAAUGACUUGUACAGUGUCGAACCGUUGAAGAAGUUGUUUCGCGGGUCUGAGUUACUUUAUGUGAGAACCGUUGAUGGGUUCGGGUUGGAUACUGAAGUGGUUUUCAGGAAACGGGUGACUUUACGAUCUUGAUUGGUUUUGUUUUCAUUUUUUUUUACGAUGAUGGU